UUUUGACGGGAGGAAGGAGUAUCCGCCGAGAAUGAAGGAUGUCAACAAUGUCACGGAUGGAUUCUAGUGCCCGUGUCUCCGCACCACCAUGAUAAGCGAGGAGUUCGUGGCCGGGGCGAUGGCACCGGCGGUCCGGAGAGGAUGCUGGACCGCGUGGUGCCAAGUUAUUCUAUUCGCCGUGUCGGCUCUCGUGAUCGUGGCGGAGAGAACCGCGCUGCUGUACUGCGUGGGCUACUACCUGUGGGUGGGCGAGCGUCUGUGGGCGGCGUGGACGCUGGCGCUGCUGCUGCCCGGAGCGCUGGUGCAGGUGCUGAGCUGCUGGUGGUACCUGGCCGACGGGGAGCGCCGACGAUGCCUACUGGCCCUCACACACCUGCUGCACCUGGGCAUCUUCAAGAGGUUCUGGGACUGCAUGUCGUCGGUGUGGCACAUGCAGGGCUCGGCGGGCCAGCUUGGGGUGGCCGUGAUGCAGCAGGCCGACGUGGCGGGUCUCCGCCUGCUGGAGGCGCUGUUGGUCACGCUGCCGCAGACUCUGCUGCAGACCUACGUGCUGGUGGCCACUGACAUGGGUCUCACCUCGCCAGUGUCCCUGUGCUGCGGGACGUGCCUGUUUUCUCUGUCCUGGGCGCUGGUUCUGUUCAGCCGGGCAUGCUGUCUGAUCCGGCCGGGUCACCUGGCCAUGCCCCCUGCCGCCCUGCUAUGCCAGCUGCUGUGGAGGGCGGGCAUGCUGGGCGCCCGUGUCGCCAGCCUGAUGUUCUUCACCCGCGUCUUCGGCUGGUGGGUGUGCGGCGUCAUAGGGUUCCAUUGGGUGACCGCAUCCUUCUGGCUGAUGUCGCAGCAGACGGACAUCUGCUCUGGUCCGUGGCGCUGGCGCGUCUUUAACGGGACAUUGGCCGUCGUGCACGUCUUCUGCUUCCUCAACGUCAAGGACGGGCCUUCACGCUUCCGUAUGGCCGGCUUCUACCUGGUCAUGUUUCUUGAGAACGCCACCCUGAUGCUGGCAGCCUCGGACUUCCUGAAUGAGGCGUCGUGGGACAGCCUGACCGUCCCCACUGCUGUGCUCUGCAGUUUCCUGUCAGGCCUGACGUCUCUGGUGCUGUACUACCGGUUCCUGCACCCCAAGUCCACGGAGAUCUCUCUGGGCCUGCAGCACAUGGGCGCGGGCAGCCACAUGGGCAGCACGUGCCUGGACCUGGAGCGCGGCGAGUCCUCCUUCUCCCUAGGGGGCGACAAGAGCCUGCGGGCAGACCCCUCCUCCCUCCACCUGGCCUCCCACCCCAGCUUCUCUCUCUCGGGCAUGGCCGGCUCCCUGCUGGAGCCCCCGGCCAACUGUGUAGGGGGGAAAGGUGGGGGCGGCUGGGGGUACGGAGGGUGCAGGCACCACCACUGGCUCCUGGUGCGGCUGGCGCUGAAGACAGGCGACCCCGGGAGGAUCAACCGCGCCUACGGGGCCGGUGGGGUGGCGGCCAUGCUGGGCGUGGUUGCGUACCCGCCGGGGCUGAUGGGGGCCGAUGGGGGGGUCAUGGAGGGGGGGAUGCUGGGAAAAGGGCGAGGCGAGGAAGAGGAGGAGGAGGGGGCGAGGGAGGAAGAUCAGGCUCUGGCGCCGCUGUCGGACUGCAAGGAGGAGUUCCAGAGCGCCAGCGAGGACGAGCCCACGUCACGCGUGGACAGCGCUGGGCUCGCCGGUCUCGACGGCGAUGAUGAUGAUGACGACGAGGAGAGCCUGCCGAUGGAGAGCCCGCUUGAGUCGCCCGGGUCAGACUGCAAGCGCAGCUCGCCGGAGGGCAAGUCGGUGCUGGGCGACAGCCCCGAGCCGCGCUACUGCCCCACCGAGUCCAGCUCCACGCUCUACUUCAGCGCCGACCCGCAGUCGCCCAGCAGCGCCAGCAACCCGCGGCUGGACCGCGACACCACCGCCUUCGGCUUCGGGGCCGAGAGCCUGGCCGAGCUGAGCAGCCCGGUGGACAGCGAGCGCGGGGCCUCUGCGGGACCCUCUCUCACGGGGCCCCUGGGACGCCUGGGGCCCUGCUACAGCUCCACCCCCCGGCUGGACGGGGCGCACGGUGCGGCGGGACUGGGGGUGGGGGUCGGGACGGGGGCAGGGUUGGGUGGUGAGACCAGUUUUGGGAUCCCCCAUCUGAGUGGACCGCGGAGGCAGCUGGUGCUGUCCAGGCGAGGACUGGAAGAGGAUGCGGGCUUCUAA